UCCUCCAAUUCAGUCUACCGUGGCGGGAUGGCCAUUCCUUCCAUCUUGGAUCUCCGUUUCAAGUAAGAAGCACCAAGCCGGCUCGUGUAAAACGGAAUAAAAAUACAAGAAGAAAUAUCCAAAAAACGAAGUUAUUCAUGAUUGAAAUGUGCAUAUAAAUUUAUAUUGGUGAUCCUACUAAAAUAUUGUCGACGGAAUGAAAUAGGGGAAUGGCGUGUGCCUAUCUAUACAAGGCUAUUCAAUGUAUUGCUAAUCAAAAAUUUGAGGAAUCGGCUGAUAUGUAGUAAUGCGGAUUGAAUGUUGAAAAUAGCCAAAGUUUGCUUUAACCCUAGAAUACUACUGGUGAAUGAGAAAUACGUUAAUGUCCAAGUGUUUGGUGGUUUAAAUCGUGCAUAUGUUCGUAAUUUAGUAAGUAGUCUAGUCCAUUUUAAAAAUAUGGCUGUACCAAGUCGAGCCAGAAUAUAUGCCGAUGUAAACUGUCACAAGCCUAGAGAUUACUGGGAUUAUGAAAGUUACGUGGUGGACUGGGGGCAACAAGAUGAUUACCAGUUGGUUAGGAAACUAGGUAGAGGAAAAUACAGUGAAGUUUUCGAAGCAAUUAACGUUACAAAUAAUGAAAAAUGUGUAGUGAAAAUAUUGAAGCCUGUGAAGAAGAAGAAAAUAAAACGAGAAAUAAAAAUUUUAGAGAACUUGAGAGGCGGUACAAAUAUAAUAACUUUAGAGUCGGUUGUAAAGGAUCCUGUUUCUAGAACACCAGCAUUAAUAUUUGAACAUGUAAACAAUACAGAUUUCAAGCAGCUUUACCAAACGCUAACAGAUUUCGACAUUCGUUACUAUUUAUAUGAAUUGCUCAAGGCGCUGGAUUAUUGUCAUAGCAUGGGAAUCAUGCAUAGAGAUGUAAAACCACAUAAUGUUAUGAUAGACCAUGAAAAUAGGAAAUUGAGAUUAAUUGAUUGGGGUUUGGCUGAAUUUUACCACCCUGGACAAGAAUACAACGUAAGGGUCGCUUCAAGAUACUUCAAAGGACCGGAGCUACUUGUUGAUUAUCAGAUGUAUGAUUACUCCUUAGAUAUGUGGUCUUUGGGAUGUAUGUUGGCAAGUAUGAUAUUCAGAAAAGAGCCGUUUUUCCAUGGUCACGACAACUAUGACCAAUUAGUCCGUAUUGCCAAAGUCCUUGGUACAGAAGAACUCUUCGAAUACCUAGAUAGAUAUCACAUAGAACUAGACCCCAGAUUUAAUGAAAUUUUAGGAAGACACUCCAGGAAAAGGUGGGAACGUUUUGUGCAUAGUGAAAACCAACAUUUAGUUUCUCCUGAAGCAUUAGACUUUUUGGAUAAAUUGUUACGUUAUGACCAUAUGGAACGUUUGACAGCACGGGAUGCUAUGGAGCACUCGUAUUUCUACCCUGUAAUAAAAGAUCAGUGCCGGAUGAUGUCCACCGUCUCAUCGUCCCCUACUCCGCUGACAGGCAAUCUGUCUGUGGUAGGAGUAGGUGAGUAGCUACCAGAUGAGCCUGCCUCCCCUGCAGAAUCCCAAUCAGACUUGAUGGAUUCUCAUCCGAUCAUCUACAUGCGAUCUGCAACUAUUAAUCAUCUUGAUUUGUCAUCAACACCAACCUGAAAUGGAUUCGUUUUUGAUAAGUAAACGUGAGGCGUUGAGAUAUCAAACCGACAUAUCAGAGUGUACUUUCGCCCAAAAGUUUGUUCACAUUAAAUUCUGAUGCGGUGAAGUAACUGCUCUAGUAUCCGUAACAUUGCAAGGUAUCUUCGUCCUUUCAAGGAAACGUUCGUCUAAACAAAUGGAUGGUUCAGUGACAUUAACGAAAUGUGGAAGUUUAGAAGAGUUUGAUGGGGAUGGUUGUGUCGUUCGAAUGUUGAUCUUGGAAACACUAGACGAACUAUGUUGUAACAACUACUUAAGACCGCAGAACCGCCUUUAAAAUCUGAUUUUUCACGUUUAGUGAAAUUUUUAUAGACAUCGUCAGUUGUUGACAAUGUUUACUAGAUAAUCUACAUGCCUACAUUCCUCCUUAACUGUAUAUAGUGUAUGUAAUAGGAACUACUCACAUUCCCGUUUGACUAGAACUGCAAGCAUUUAAACUAUCGUUAUGCCACUGGAAAUUUUAAGUUAAUUUGUUUCAUCAAGUCUUGAUAAUGAACGUGAUUCAUACAGUUUCUGGUUCAGAUGUGAUUGAAAUGACAGCUCUAUUUGAAAUGACGAUUGGUGUAGAGGAAAAAGUUGCGACCAAAGAAAAACAACAUUAUUUCGUUUUAUCUUUCGUUUUCAUGAAUGGCAACUGCUUCCAAUGAUCGAAUAUUGUUUUAUUAUUUGCCCUUGAAAAUGAUUGGUAAACUAGGGAUGAUUCCCCGAAGAAGAGUUUCUCGGAUUUGAUUGGAAAAUGUCUUAUAUUGAACAUUAUCUGAAGAGUUCACCAAUGAUAGUGAAUGUUUGACAACAUUUGUAUUGAAAAUAGUUCAAUGUCGACUAGAUACAUGUAUGUAUGCCUAGACAUGUUUUUCACUUUGUAUCCCAAAACUUUCAACGAAUCUGGUGAGGAGAAUUGUUUUUUUUUUAUAGAUUUUUCAGAGUGAUAGGAGCAAUUUUGCUUUUUAGGUAUUUUGAAUUCAUCAGAUCCAUUGAAAUUUUUGAACGAUAACAUGAGAACAUAUGUUUUUUGUGCUAUACUGAAGUGAUAUUUUCCCUUCAUAAAGACUUGUAAAUAAUUCAUGAUGAGAAAAUGUAAUCAGUCUAGGUAUAUAAUUAAAACAUACACCAAAUAGAGUAUCAAAAUCUCUGCGCUUCAUGUUUCGAGACGUUUCAGUGUGAACUGCCUAGUUUUUCUGUCGAAAGUGUCCCAUUAUUUAAAAGAGACUUCAAUAUAAGCAAAAAAACAUAAUACUUGAAAUGUGUAAAGUAAUGUAAAGUUUUAUAAGAUGAGUAAUCUGUGAUUAUAGUAGCGAAUGGAUAUUAUUUGUUGAAAAUUAUUAUAUUCAAACUAAAGUAUGACAACAGAA